CAUAGACUGUGUGGUCUGGCCACAGCGUGAGCCUUCACUGGAUUGGCUGAGCGGUUGUCAGGACUGUUUACAGGAAACAUGGCUACCAGGUCUGUUGGAGAGCAUCAGGAGAUGGAAGUUGACCGAAGGGGGGAGUCUGAGGAGUCUGGUGAUGAGGAGACUAGGAGGAGGAGUAUCAAUGGCAACGUGGACCCCACUCAGCCCCCUACCACUGGUAAAGAAGAGUCUCCUGUUGACAUGGACACUAUAACCUUGGACCCAGAGGAAGAGGAUGUUGAUCUUGUUCAUUGUCGUAUUGGAAAGAUUGAAGGAUUGGAGGUGCUACAGAAGGCUAAAACACUCUCCUUAAGACAGAAUCUCAUCAAAAAGAUAGAAAACCUUGAAAGUUUGAGCUCACUCCAGGAACUAGAUCUCUAUGACAAUCAGAUCCGCAAACUGGAGAACCUGCAGACUCUCACAGAGAUUGAGCAGCUUGACGUGUCCUUUAAUAUGCUGAGAAAGAUCGAGGGUUUGGAGCAGAUGACUCGGGUAAAGAAACUUUUUCUGCUUCACAACAAAAUUGGCAACAUUAGCAACCUGGACCACCUCACAAGCCUGGAAAUGCUGGAGCUGGGCUCCAAUCGCAUCCGGGUUAUAGAGAACCUGGAUACACUUGCAUCUUUGCAAAGUUUGUUUCUUGGCACCAAUAAAAUAACUACGCUUCAGAAUCUGGAUGGUUUACACAACCUAACUGUUUUAAGCAUUCAGAGUAACCGGAUUACUAAAAUUGAGGGUCUACAGAAUCUUGUCAACCUGAAAGAGCUCUAUUUGAGCCACAAUGGCAUUGAGGUCAUUGAGGGCUUGGAAAACAAUAAAAGGCUCACAACGCUUGACAUUGCAGCCAAUCGAGUAAAGAAAAUCGAAAACAUCAGCCAUCUGACAGACCUGCAGGAGUUCUGGAUGAACGAUAAUCAGAUAGAUAACUGGUCCGAUCUCGAUGAGUUGAAGAAUGCCAAGUCUCUGGAGACCGUCUACCUUGAAAGAAAUCCUCUACAGAAGGAUCCGCAGUACCGGCGAAAGAUAAUGCUAGCGCUGCCCAGUGUGCGCCAGAUUGACGCUACCUUCAUCCGCUUUUAAACUGCAGUGUAACAUUUCCCUGCCAACUUCCCCCUCACCACCCUGCCUGCCCCACAUACAAAACAAACUUCAUUUUGAAACACACUGGUCUCACUAAAUCAUUUUGUCACUCCAAACACAAAUACACAUUCCAACAUUCACUGUCACCCUGUGUAUGCACUCAUUCACACCUUAAUCUAUGCUGUUGUGUGGAAGCUUAUUUAUUUAUAAUGCUGGACUGUGGAAAGGAUUUCAAAAAGUACCCUACACCCUACAACCAUGUCAUUAUUUUUCCUCUGUACCUAUUUUCUUUUAUUGUUUUGCAUGUGGGAUACAGUAUGGAGACACAAUCAGUCAGUGCCCAUCAGGAAAAUAAGAUACGAGUCUUAUCAUGUUGUUGAAGUUGCACUUCUAUAUACAGUAUGUGAGAGGAAAGGAUGGCAUUUUUACUAUUUGAGGGAUUUUGUUGCAAGUUUUUAUUCCUUUUGGUUGGAGGAGAUUAGAUUGUUCUCACAAGGUACACAGUGGGUAAAAUAACAGAUAACAUUAAAUGAGAAGUCCAUAAAAAAUAAUUUACAUCUUUGAAUCUUUAGAAUACUGCUUAUCUUAUCAUUAGGUUUCAAAACGCUUCAAAACUGUCCUGGACGAGUUACCAAACUUUACAGCCACAGAAAAAUCUAUAAUUAAGCCUACUAUGCCAAAGUGACACCAUGCAGGUUCAUGCUAGUUCAGUGAAGUGGCACCUGCUUGCUUUUUAAGGAAAACAGCUAAAACUGAUGAAUUAGUAAAGAAUAAUAUAGUUUAUAUUAUUUAACUGGUAUGAAUCUUGCUUUGGUUCUCGUAACUUUGAGAAAAUUGUUCAUUGAUUUGAUUUGAACUAAUAACAGUAAAAUGUAGAUUGUUUUUGAAGUGAAUUUACUUACUAAUGGCAGGACUGGUCUUACAUAAGUGUUGCUAACUACUGUAGGAUAUAUUAAGUCAUGUUCAUUUACUAAACAAAUUUUCGGGUUCAAAAUCUCCGAAAUGUAAAACCACUACAGUGACACGUUCUGUAAUAUUCUCAUUUGGCGUUUGGUAUUGCUUAAAAAUACAUAAUUUUGUAUAUUCAUGUUUGCCUAGGAUUUCAUAUAUGAAGCUCUAAGAUGAACAAAAAGUGAAUGGUCUGUUCUUAUGGUCCCCUGUAUAUAAUGCUGAAGUGCACUUGAUUUACUCCCACUACUUCCCGCUUCCAUUAAACACUUAUCUCCGCUAACAAGGUCACAUUUGGACACAGCAGAAACGCAUCAGAUUUCAAUAUUAAUGGGUUGACAUGGAGAAUGAUAAACUAAGUACUUUCUUUGCAACACAAGAUACAAUCACUAUUAUCUAAUUUCUUUCAUCUGGGUCUAAACUGCAUAUCCAAACUGUUAAAGUGACCUGAGUUAAUAUUGUAUCUCCCUUUGUAGUCAAGAAAAUAAUAGCAUUGUAUGCUGGUUUGUAUGGUAGGUUUCUUUAGCUGACAAAUUGCUCUCUUUCAAAGGAAUUAAAAUUGUGAUCAUAAAUCCAAGUUAGUUACAAUUAGUGAUUUUGACCAUGUAUCAAUAGAACAUUUAUGAGCCCAUGUCAGACUGACAGAUCGGUGAAACUGGAGCACAUGAUUGAUAUGUUAUUUUAUAUUCGGCUUUAACUAUAAUUAACUUUACAAUUGGCCAGUGGGAUUGAAAGUGUCACUUUGUGUAUUUGUAAAUAAUUUGGACAUCUCAUGAUGUAGAAAGUCAGUGCCAUCGUCACAUUUCCCUUUUAAAGUGAAAUCCUUUUUUUUUUCUUACUUGUUUUGCCGGGCAGCACAGCAGAUUUGUGUGAGAUACUGUAAUUACAACUUGAAUAUGAUUGGUUACUGAAUAAGCAAUUCUUCAAAUUGCUGGUAGCUGAUUGUUGAACUGAGUCUUCAGGUUCCGGACAUUGUUGAUGAUGUUUUCAAACUGAAUGUAUUGUGCAAAUAAUAAAGUUACACUACUUAAAAA